AUGAUGAAGCUGCUGCAAACAAGAGGAGCUUUUGCUGCUCUCUUACUCUUGUUUUUUCCUGCCUUCUAUGCUCCAUUCACCCAUGCCUCUCCUUCUAUCUUGUCGGAAUUGAAUGCUCCAAAACCUAGGCAUCUGCCUCUGCUGAAGAGUGCUUUGCAGCGUCCGAUUUUGAAUGAAAAGCAGUCUGAUCUUUGGACACCUUUGGAUGAUCAAGGAUGGAGACCAUGUGUUGAGUCAACAAAUGCCCCUUCAGCAUUACCUGAGAAAUCUGAGGGAUAUCUUCAAGUGUUUCUUGAUGGAGGGUUGAACCAGCAAAGGAUGGGGAUAUGUGAUGCGGUUGCUGUUGCUAAAAUACUUAAUGCGACACUUGUCAUUCCACAUUUUGAAGUCAAUCCUGUUUGGCAAGAUUCUAGCACCUUCAUGGAUAUAUUUGAUGUGGAUCACUUUAUUAAUGUCUUGAAGGAUGACAUUUCUAUAGUUAAAGAACUACCUGAUGAAUUCUCCUGGAGCACGAGGGAGUAUUAUGCCACAGCUAUUCGAGCUACCCGAAUUAAGAUGGCACCUGUCCAUGCUUCAGCUAAUUGGUAUCUCGAGAAUGUCUCGCCUGUGCUGCAGAGUUAUGGCAUUGCUGCAGUUUCCCCAUUCUCUCACCGCCUGUCUUUUGAUAACUUGCCUAUGGACAUCCAACGUCUACGUUGUAAAGUCAAUUUUCAAGCAUUAGUUUUCGUUCCACAUAUUCGAGCACUUGGAGAUGCUCUUGUCAGUCGCCUCAGGUAUCCUAAUAAGAGUGAAGCACUUGGUGCCAACUACCUACAGGAAACCACUGAUGUGGUUGAUAAAGACAGUACAGGGAAGUUUGUUGUGGUACACCUUCGAUUUGAUAAGGAUAUGGCUGCUCAUUCAGCCUGUGAUUUUGGUGGAGGGAAAGCUGAAAAGUUGGCUCUGGCCAAGUACCGACAGGUGAUUUGGCAGGGAAGAGUGCUUAACUCCCAAUUUACUGAUGAAGAGUUGAGAAGUCAGGGGCGUUGUCCACUGACUCCAGAAGAGAUUGGGUUGCUGCUAGCGGCUUUGGGCUUUGACAAUAGCACUCGUCUAUAUCUAGCUUCCCAUAAGGUUUAUGUCGACUACUAUGUUGGCAUGCACAGUGACAUCUUCGUCUCUGCUUCUCCAGGAAAUAUGCACAAUGCAUUGGUCGGUCAUCGGACUUAUGACAAUUCGAAGACCAUAAGGCCGAAUAUGGCUUUGUUGGGCCAGCUGUUCCUUAACAAAACCAUUAGUUGGUCAGACUUUCAGCAAGCAGUUGUUGAAGGACAUGAAAACAGACAAGGGCAGAUCAGACUAAGAAAACCGAAACAAUCCAUUUAUACAUAUCCUGCGCCUGAUUGCAUGUGCCAUGCUUAA